CGACACCGCGCUCACGUCACAGCCCACUCAACUGAUUUCAGCCUGUCAAGAUUGAUCUGUCACGCGGUCUACCCACCUCCGCCUCGUCAUCGCGCACCUGCUACCCCAGGUUUCUUGCGACCGAAUCACACUUAGCGUCUGCCUUCCUUGGAAGACAUCCUCCUGUGCCUUCACGCGUCCCCAGCGGCCUGUCACGAUCCACGAGCACCAUCAGCGAUUCGUCACAACCCUAGCUCAAGAUCUAAAGAGGGGCUAGCACUGUAGGAUUUGACGCAGGUGUGCAGCUAAGCCGCAAAACUUGCAAGCCUUACCGUUUCCUGCAACGUGUCAAGGAACACAUCACCUAGCCCGCUGUGCGAUCCGCGAGACCCAAGUAAUUACCAGGACGCCAGCAACCGCUGCAGGUAGCCAAAUAUGUCGGACUCCCCCCAAUCUGCUUCGAAGGAUGUCGACCAAGGUGUACCGUCACCCGACGAGGAAGGACAAAUGAACGACCCCCAAGACCCACACUCUGGCGGGCUCACCUAUGAGUUUGAGGUAAAAGAGCAAGACAGGUGGUUGCCCAUAGCCAAUGUCGCCCGCAUCAUGAAGAACGCUCUGCCUGAAAAUGCCAAAAUCGCAAAAGAGGCCAAAGAAUGCAUGCAAGAGUGUGUCAGCGAGUUCAUCUCCUUCAUCACCAGCGAAGCUUCGGAGAAGUGUCACCAGGAGAAACGCAAGACAGUUAAUGGCGAGGACAUUUUGUUUGCCAUGACAUCGCUCGGCUUCGAGAAUUAUGCCGAGGCGCUCAAAAUCUAUCUCUCGAAAUAUCGCGAACAACAAUCUCAGACGAACAGAGGCGAGGGUGGACAGGGUGCACGCCCUAACAGCGCCUAUGGCGGCCAGCCUCCCACAGGUGCUGGCAGCUUCCAGGCUGAGGCUUCCGGUAACAUUUUGGGCGCGCAACCCGGAGAAGGCGGUGCGGAUGCCUCAAACUACAUGUAUCCUCCACAGUCCGGCCACAAUGGUGCUGGAGCUGGCGAGGGCUACUAA